UGAAGUGUGUAAACCCCAAACUCGAAGGUGGUUAAGUGCAUUAACAAAUAUACUAUCACACAAAAUUGCGAGGGGGAGCUACACAAGACGGUUGAGAGGCAAAGGCGACAGAGAAAUUUCAGAGCAGAGAAAGCAAUGGAAUCGUCAGGGCAGUGGCUGGAAAAAGCGUUAAUGGAGCUAUGUAACAACAUUCAAAGCGGUCUUGAUUUAGAUGCUGAAAUUGUUUCCGGACUUGUAUCCUACUGCGAGCUUGCUCCUCCUCUCGAUGCUAAAGAAUAUCUUGAUAAUAUCAUAGGUCCGGAAGCUGGAAAAAGUGUGACGGAUGAGUAUAUGAGACGGAGAGGUCAUUCAGGUUUAUACCACACUACUCAAGGUACUUCAGCUUCUACAUUGCAAGCAUAUGUAAAGCCUCCUUCAGGUGAUAAUCUGGCAGCUGGAAAUAAAAAACAAGUGCGAGGACCAAAAGAAAGUAAAGCCUCAAGUAAGCAGGAAAGCCAGAGCGCAGCUGAGACAUCAGAUGGACGAAACCUACAGAGAGGAAGUCAUGGAAACUCUACAAAAACAACUGCACCUCAACCCCAAGCAAGUCAAAGAAACUCUAGAAAGAAAAAAUCUGAGAAAGUUGUUUCUCUUGCUGAAGCUGCAAAAGGGUCCAUUGUAUUUCAACAGGGGAAGCCAUGCUCAUGCCAAGCCCGUCGACACAGGCUGAUAAGCAAUUGUUUAUCUUGUGGAAAGAUAGUGUGUGAACAGGAAGGUGAAGGGCCUUGCAACUUUUGUGGUGCACUUGUGUUGAAGGAAGGAAGCUCGUAUGCUGGAUUAGAUGAAGGUCCAGUUCCAAUUUCCGAAGCUGAGGAAGCAGCUGAAGCCUAUGCAAAGAGGCUAGUUGAAUAUGAUCGUAACUCUGCAGCUCGUACAACUGUUAUUGAUGACCAAAGUGACUACUACGAGAUUGAGGGAAAUAGCUGGUUGUCGAAGGAGGAAAAGGAACUUUUGAGGAAAAAGGAGGAGGAGAUAGAAGAGGCUGAACGUGACAAACGAAAUAGAGUCGUUAUGACAUUUGACCUCGUUGGCCGCAAGGUUCUUUUAAAUAAAGAUGAAGCCACUAAAGAACUGCAUAAUGGAAUUCUCUUCAAACCAUCAGAAGAGAAGGAAGCAACCCGCAUUAAACCUAACCCAAACCUGAAGGUACAACCCGUCUUUGUGGAUCCAGGUCCCAGGAAAACUUCCAAGGAGAAUAAUAAUAAGAAAGGCUUCCGAAAUGGGUUGUGCUUGGAGAUUACUGGGAGAGUGCAACAUGAUACCAGUGAACACUCACGCUUGAUAGUAGAGGGCAAGCAACAUGGAUCUUCGAAUAGCAGAUCGUGGCAUGAGCGAUCUGUUAAUCAGACAGUUGGAACAUCAGAUGACUCUGAGUGUUCCUUAGAUUACUAUUGAGAAGUAAAUAGCUGGCCAAUUGAGUACUCGUCAUCCGUACACCUCCAAACAUGCCAUCUUUCUAGGGCGGGGGUUGUAGAAAGUCACCUCUAUUAACUUGCCUGCUAUUUUAAGUCCUGAUUAUCAAGAAAACAAUCCUGUGCAAACAUAUGUUCUGGGAGAUUAGACGUCGGAUGAACUUGACUGGCAUCUAUUUUCAAUGUUCAUUCUUCAACCCGUGGACAUGCUCUGCAUGAGCUGAGAAAACGUGUGAUAGGUCACCCCAAAAGCUUCCUAUGCAUACAAGAAAGUUGCGCUAACUUUUUAUGACUUGUUUUUGUGAAUUUGUAGUAGUUGAGAUUUGCCUAUGAAAAAUAGAAGAUUCUGAAGUGAAAUGACAAACUUAUCGUCUGAUAUAA